AUUGGCUAGAUUGGAGUAAACCGGAAGUCACCGCCUGGUUUUGUCCUCUCCACAAGCAAAUAGGGUUGCGUCGAAUACGUAAAACUUUAAGGUACGGUGACGUUACGGACCGAUCUGUCCCGAGCGUGGUGUGACAUAUUAAAGUAGUUUAAUACAGAUGUGUGGCUCGCACUGAACGGCAAAAGAAGGACCAGUUUAGGAGCACUGCAGAGGAGCGAAGUUCCAGUGGCCUGCUUCCAAGCAAAAGCCUGUGCUUGUUCCUGAACGAUGGAGGUGUUCAUCUUGAUGUUCACGCUGCUCCUGUGGACCGCUGCGGCCCACGGGAAGCCCACCACGAGAAAAGAGCGAGUUAUUCACGAAACCAAAUUAAAUGAGAGGACCCAAGAAGACAACAACAGCUUCCAGUACGACCACGAGGCCUUCCUGGGCAAGGAAGAGGCCAAGACGUUCGACCAGCUCACCCAGGAGGAGAGCAAAGACAGGCUCGGUAAAAUAGUGGGGCGAAUCGACAGCGACGCCAAUGGACUCAUCACCACAGAUGAGCUCAAAGCGUGGAUCAAGCGUGUCCAGAAGCGCUACGUUUACGAGAAUGUGGCCAAGGUUUGGGCAGAUUAUGACCUCAACAAAGACGACAAGAUAUCGUGGGAGGAAUAUAAACAAGCCACCUACGGAUACUACCUUGCCAAUCCCGAAGAGUUUGACGAUACGACAGACCAGUUCAGCUUCAAAAAGAUGCUUCCCCGUGAUGAGAGGAGGUUCAAAACAGCCGAUCUGAACGGGGACCAGGCGGCCGAUAAGGAAGAGUUCACGGCCUUCCUGCAUCCUGAGGAGUUUGACCACAUGAAGGAGAUUGUGGUGCAGGAAACCUUGGAGGACAUUGACAAGAACGACGACGGCUUUGUAGACGAAGACGAGUACGUUGCUGACAUGUUUGCGAACGAAGACGGCGGCUCGGAGCCAGACUGGCUCAAAACCGAGAGGGAUCAGUUCUCCGACUUCAGAGACUUGAACAAAGACGGUAAAAUGGACCGGGAGGAAAUCCGCCAAUGGAUAAUGCCACAAAACUACGACCAUGCCCAGGCUGAGGCGCGACACCUAGUCUACGAGUCCGACCAGGACAAGGACCAGAUGUUGACAAAAGAAGAAAUCUUGGAGAAUUGGAACAUGUUUGUCGGAAGUCAAGCCACCAACUACGGAGAGGACCUCACCCGUAACCAUGAUGAACUUUGAGCUACACUUUGACCUCUAAUGUAUGCGUGUUUGUGUAAGAGGUUAAAUUGAUACGAGAGAAUCUCAAGAGACCAGCUCUCUUUGUCAGUGUUGGUUUAAGAACCAUCACUGCAGGACUCGUUGAUCAAAAAGAGUCCUACCACUAACACUAAAAGGUCAAAACGUUUCAGCAAAUGUUUCUGACAUUCAGGAGCAGAAAGACAACGUUCUUCCAAUCGAUGGUGCCUUGGCUGCCUCAAGUCUUCAAAGCCGAAUGCGACGCUUAAUGGGUAGCAUUUUGAUAAAAAAACGUUAAUGUGAAGCCGUACUUCAAAGAACAGAACUUUAUUUAUUUACGUUUUAGCUUUGGCCUAGGUCUGGCAGUGUAUGUUGGGGGGAAAAAUGUUUUAAAUGUUUUAACUGAUUCUCUUUUAUUACGUUAAUACAGUGAUUUGCACGUGAUAUCUUUUUUUUUUUUUAAAUAGCCAGUGAAAUCUUUGCUUUUCUUUAAGUCUAUUUAUUUGUCACUCCCUUGUUACGGUUGUUUCCAAACACUGCAUUAACUUGAAUGGCUCAUUGUGUUGAGGAUUGGCACGCAUAAUGUCUUGUUUUCCCCACAUUGAAAAAAAUUGUCAACAAAUAAAAGUGUAACCUUUAAUUCUC